AGAAAAUCUAUAUUUUUAUUAAUUUUUCGACGUAAACAUUGAUAGUAUAGACCUGCUAAUUACGGUCUUUAUCUUACCAAAUUUGAAAUUGAUCUUGAUACAUAUGACCUUGGUAUUGUUUCUUUUAGCCUUCUUAACAACACAGUGUCACACAAAUUAGCGAUUGAAAACAUAACCAAAAAAAGAAAUGUCGAAGAAGAGGAAGUUUGUCAAACAAAUCAUAUUAAUCAAACCUAUCAUCAAUUGAAAGGAAAAUGUACUCUUGCAGAGGUAUUCCUUCUAUAUAUGAAAAGUAGUUUGGAUGAAAAAACAAGCGCCUACUUAAAUGCCAAGUCAACCUUAUGUUCAGGAAUUCAAAUACAUGAGAACAAUAAAUAUACUUUUGAAUGCAGUAUACAUGAAGGACUUGUAGUUUUGACACCUCGACAUUUGCAAACUUCAAAUGGCAAAACUGAUAUUAUUCUUUCAACUAAUGGCACAAGUUACAAAAGUAUGGUCAUUGACAUUAAUGGCCCAUUUAGAUCAACAAUUUUAAAGGUGCACAAAGAUGAGAAUCAAGAUGAUAUGGUUAUGAAAACAGAUGAUUCAUUUGUUGAUUUUAAUGUUGAUGAGUUCUUAAAAACACAUUUUAAUGUUGAAUUUGAGACACUUUCUGGUGAUCUUGAUUUAGUACCAAAAGCUUUAAGUAGUGUCACUUUGUCUGCUAUCAUUAAACCCCUAGACUACUUUGAACUCAUUUUUUAUGCUGAACAUGAAAAAGAGUUCUUUGUUAUACAGUUGUUUGAAAGUGCAGCUUCAGCUUCUAUUGGGUUCUUCAAAAAAUUAGAAGGGAAAAAGCCACUAGAGGUGAUAAAUCAAAAGUUAAAGAUAAAUAUUAAGGAAGGACUCAUGCCUUUUCUUGAAACUACUACCAGUAGUUUUUCGUCGUGCACCUUAUCCAUUCCUGUAAUAAUGAGUACACCCCAUAGAGAUUUUGUUGAAAAAUUCAUGACAGAAAGUAAUUCUGUUGCAAUGCCUGAAGGAAAAAUGUUGCGCUGGGUAAUAGAUGAUUCUAAAAAUGUGAAAAAAACAGCUGAAAAUUUUAAAGCAGAGCAACCUAAAUUCCAAGAUGAUAAAGUCAAUACAUCUGUAUACUCUUCUAAAGUUGGCCUCUCUGCUAUUUUCCUAAUAAAUGGUUCUGAUGUAAAUAUUGUUUCAAAAGACACUUUGCAAGCCAAAUUUAAAGACAUUAUGCAGACAUUUGUUCCAAAUGAAUCUUCUAUGUUGGCUGAAGAUUAUAAAGCCGAUCUAUCUAUUUUUGAAAAAGAAGUUAUUUUUAAUAAGUUAUCUAUUCUUGUGGAAACACAACAAAUUAAACUAGAUGUUAUGGUUGUUGAAGAUUGGCUCCUAGCUGGAAACAUGGUUAAUUUAAAAGGAAUCAAUUUAACAGUGACCACUUCUUAUUUAACUGAAGCACCAUGGAGUAUAGAAGGAGGGGGGAAUAUUAUUAUGUUGGGAGAAAGUGUUUUUGCAAAGAUCGAAAAAAUAGACAAUAAUUUGAAUCUCAAUGGUUACUUCCCUGCUCGCAAUAUAAGCGAACUCAGAUCAAAAUUUAAUAAUGUUUCAUUUGUUCCUGAAAAUUAUUUUGAUUUUGAGCACCUUAAUGAAGUUCAAUUUUCAACGCUUUCAUUUAUGAUGAAACUUGAUUCUCCAGUUCUUAAGUUCAAUGGAGAGUCUCAGUCAAAUGCUAACCCAAAUCAGCUCACAAGUAAAUCAAUAAUUGAAAUUGUUUUAAAAGGCAAUGAAAAACAACAAAAUAUGGUUGUUAAAGUAUGUCAAGAAGAUGUUUUACUUGAACUCAUGGUCAAUGAAAUAUUCCAUAUUGCAAUGGAAGGUGUUCCAUGGUUGAAAUUUGAUGAUCUUUGUUUUCUGAUGGCCAAAGAAAUUACAGAUGAACUUUCAUAUUUUAACAAUACAAGUUUGUUUGAGUUACAACCAAUGACAGGAAUCAAUUAUGUUGGCAAACUUGCUUCACAUUCAAAAUGUGCAUUUAUGGGACCAGAAUCGAGUGAUAUAGACAGCAUUGACUACUUUUGUCGAUUUUUAAAUAAAAACCCUUUUUUUCUUGAAACUAAUGUUGUUGGAAGUAUUACUCCAACUAGUCAUGAUUUUGUUGCAAAAAUUCAAAACACUGAAUUUGUGCAAUUGAAUGAAAGUCAGUUAAGCAUAAAAGAUGUUGUUAUGGGCUUGAAACAAGUAAAUACAAAAUCUGAAACUCAAUCCAAAGAUGAAAACCAAAAUGAAAAUCCAGAUAAAACUGAAUCUGAACUUCGCCCAAUUCAACCUAUGCAUCAUUUAGCCUCCAGAAGAUCUGAUGAAGAAAAAAGAAAUUCGAUUGCACAUGAAAUUUCAAAAAAACAAAUUAUGUCUUUGUUUAUUCAAGGCACAUUUUCUGCAUCAGAGAAACUUUACAGAUUAGAUUUUUCUGGUGAAAUUUCAUCACGCAGCCCAAGUGACCUUAUACUAACAUGUACAAAUGUUAGUUUACAAUUUGAUACUGAUGAAGGUAUUAUUCAUUUUGAAACUCAAGGAAAGAGUAAUGCUGAAAAGAGUGGAUUUUUUCUUUUUGAAUUCACAUCUCCAAUCAGUAUGAGUAUCAAUCACAUUAAAUUAUUUUUUACUAAUUCUGCAAGUUUGCAAUUUAAUUUGAAUGAACCAGAGAAGUCUCUUUUUUCUGCAAAUGAAGCACAAGAUUUAAAAGAUAUACUUUCAAAAACAUUUUCUGAGAACAAUGAUCACAUUAUUUUUGAAAAUACAAAAUCAGUUGGUUCUUGUUUAUAUGCUUGGUCACUAACAGAUAGAAGCAUUGAUCAAAACUCAAACAAAAUGGCCGAAGCAAAUAGUUUAAAAAUAUUUGGAACUGUUGAAAGAUCUGGAGACAUGCAUGACUACAGUAUAAAAGUUAAAAAAAAUUUUUUACAAUACAAUGAAAUCUUAUCGCUCACAACUUUUUCUAAUGGAUUGCUUAAGUUUUAUGCAGAAGAUGGCUCUCGUACAAGUGGACCAAAUUUGGUUGCAAGUUGGAGGCAAAGUGAAACCAGUCCUGAAAUUAAAAUUAAAGGUGUGUUUGAAACAGUAGGAAUUUUAAAACCUUUUUCUAUAGAAGUUCAAAAAAAUGGAAAAUUUGAUUUGCUAUUGGAAUCAAAGGAGAGAUUUUUUGAUGAAGUGCAAGCUGUUGUCACAAUAACUCAAAAUAAAACAAUUGAUGUCUUAGAUGAUGCGAAUCCAUAUUUUUUUGCAAACUUAAUUGCUGAGAAAUCUCAUAUUCAAAGUAAAGUGAAAGAUUAUCUGAUAAGUUUAUCAAAACAAUUUAAAAGAGCAUACAAUGGAUUUGAGUUUCAGAACAACGGAGAAGAUGAGGUUUAUAAACCUGUAGCUGAUGCUAGAGAAAUUCUUUUACCAUUGCAUGAAACAAUAAAGAUUGAAAUACAAAAGUUAAAUGAUUUAAAUGAAAUUUUAGAUGUAGAAUGUGUUGAUAAAUGCAAUGCAGAAGGAACAGUUGACAUACCUGAUAUUGUUUGGGAUAGUGAAAAAGGGAAAAUGCUGUUAGUUCCUGAUGAGUUCAAGACUGCAAAUGUUAGUUGCAUUGUUGCGUGUGAAUUGGAAAAAUCUCACGCUGCAUCUAACUAUGAAAAUAAAAUCAAUGAAAUCAAGGUACUGACAGAAAAGUAUGAUGAUUUAAUGGUUCAAGCUGAGGAAAUUCAAGAACUGUACAUUACACAUGAGAAAAAGAUUCGCCAAGAGAUAAAUCAUUUUAAGAACUCAAAAAAACAAUUUUCUGAUUUUCCUAACUUUCCCGAAAAUGAUGAUGAAAACUUUUUUGAACUUGUUUCAAUUGAAAUUAAAGGAAAUAUGAAUGAAAUAAAAGUAAAUGGGGACAAAUGUGUUGAUAAUAUUUCUGGAGAAUACAAAAUGUUUGGUGUUCAAAAAAGUUUUUCAUUUCGCCAAUGUUUUAAUGGGGAAUACAUAAGCUAUUUUGCUAAUCAGUUAGCUCAUAAAUACUUAGGCAGUAAAUUUCAUAAUCUGCAAGAUCUUUUGAAGCUAUUUGAUCAUUGUCUAGCUAAACAUGAGAGAAACUUAAAAAAUCUGAAAGAUUCAUUGACAGAGUUUUUUGCAAAACAUAAACUUGAUGAAUUGCAACUAAAAGAAAAACGUUCGUUCACAAAGUUUACUGUUUUACCACACCGUAGAAUGACUGGAGUUGUGAGAAAGCUACCCAAACAUACAUUGGUUUUUGGUACUCGUUCAAUAUAUAUGCCACAAAUAAGUGAAAAAGAUCGCGCUAAACUUAAAGAGAACAAGUUUACUGUGACACGUAGUAUGAAAACACGUGCUACAUUUAUGUACAGCUCACCAUGGGCAGCUGUUAGUACUUUAAAUUUUGUAAAAUCUUUUGAAAAUGCAGAUGUUUUUGUGCAUGAUGUGGUUCACAAAAAAUCCCAUUGCAAUACUGUUGAACAUAUUAGUAAUCAAUAUUCAGAUAUAUAUCACAGCCUUCGAUCAAUUUCCGAUUCUUAUGAAAAGACUUCGUUUAAGUUGAAUCAAGUUUACAGUUCUAUGAAGAAAGGUGUUGGGACAUUGAAGAAUAGAGCCAUUAUAUCAUCAAACACCAACAAUUCAUUUAGUAGUGAUGAGUCUUAUUGGAUAAGACAACUAGAAAAUGGUAUGAACUUAUAUUCGGAGUUAGUUGCAAAAAAGUUAUCCGAUCAUAGCGCAACGGCGUUAAAUUCGUUCAAAAACAAAUUUCAAGAUGGCUUGAAAAGAAAUGGUAUUCCUGACAUUCCUACCUUUAUGAAUGUAUUGAGGAAACGAUUUCAUGCGGCAUCAAAACGAUCAUUUACUCCAUCUUCAAGAUUAAUGGAUUUAUCAUCCGCUACAAAGCUGUCAAAUGGACUGACUUCCGUGCUUAAGAAACCUGAAUUAAAGUUAGAUGAACUUAGUGAACGCCUUCAUGCAAUGAAACGAUAUCUGAAAAAUAUUAAUGUCAUUGCUACAUCUUGUUCUUGAUAAGUUUGUGGAGUAUCUUGAUAAUAGCAUGUGCGCCUUUAUUGUU